UGAUGAAAGACUAUGGUUUUGCUGGUUGAUUGUGCCUUCAUUUCAAGAUAAUUACUUAGCUGCUUUCUUAUCAUUUUCAAUGCACGUUGAAUAGAAAAAGCAACACUGCAACUUCCCCUGGUAAAUGUAUUGAGUUUGAGAUAGCAAAAGCAAAUAGCUCUGAAAUUAGACAAAUUAUCUAUUUGUUAAACACAGGACCUUUCUGUAUUAGGACUUGUGGAAUAGGUUGGACAAAUGGCAUUUUUCAGAAACCUUCAGCAAAAUCUGAGCCUUCCCUCGGUGUCCUCACUGGUGGACACACUUAGCAGUGCUGUGGAGGAUCUGACCAGCGUUGUUGGAGAAGUUGGCUAUAGUGUAGCUGAUUCGGUAACAGAACAAGUAACAAGCAUGAUAAAUGGCCUUCGUGCUGAAGAUGAGAGCUCCAAAAUACAGAGUGAUAAACCAGUGCAAGGGAGAGAGGAACACACACCAUCAUUAGCUCAUUCUCAGGAAAUUAAUAUGAAAGGAAAGAGAGGUGUUGCAGAACAUAAAGAGACUCAUUAUUCUAAUUCAUUAGAUUUUGUAAGAAAAGGUACAAGUCAAGAUGGAAAAUCCGACCAUAUCGUGGACAAAAACCAGUGCCAGUUAAAAGGCAGAGAUAGUAAUAAUCAUUUAAUUGAUACAGAAGUACCUCAGGAUUUGAAGAAUUUAGGAAGACCUUCUAAAAAGGAAGCAGUAGGAGGAAAUGAGUGUUUUGCAAAUGAUAAAUUCUUGAAGGAUAGUAACCUGAAAAAUAACAAAUUGACAAAGGAGCAGUCUAUUGAGGAAGAAGAUAAUUGCCUAUGUGCAGUGUCAGACAAUUCUAAGAAUUACUUGCAGAGAAAAAUCAAACCAUGGUCACCUGGAGUUAAUCCUAAGGAUUCUGAACACGUGCAUAGUACAAAGCCUCCCCAAGAUUUAGAAACAAAACUUGAUGAAGUACAGAAACAAAAAUUAUCAGACUCUGGCUUGAAGAAAGCACACAAUGACCACGCCAGUUCUAUUUAUGAAAUAAAAGAAAAGAAAUCUGAAGCCUUUUUUGACAUAAAGGGAAAAUCUGUAUCAAAGGAUGAUGACAAUGCAUCAACUACAACUGCAAAAGCGGUUAAAAAGAGAAACUCAAAGAAAUCAGAAUAUUCAAGAGAGCUAUGUAAUAAGAAGACUGCAGGAAAAGACAACUCUUAUAUGAGUAAAGACCAGCAUGGUUCAUCAUCUGAGAGUGAAGAUGAAGCACUGGGUAAAUAUCAUGAGGCCUUGUCUAGGACCCAGAGUUCCAGGCUGCCAGUGGUGGAUGGCAGACAGCAAAAAAACUAUAUAUGGGAAACCAGACAAAAAUAUAGUCCCCUGUCUGCAGAAUAUGAUGGAUACAGUAGUGAAGCCUCAAUAGAUGAAGCGAACUGCAUUCAGAGGAUGAGAAGAACACCUCCACUAGAUGAACUGCAGCCGCCUCCAUACCAGGAUGACAGUGGUUCUCCUCAUCUGUCAUGUACGCCUUCUGAAGUUGGAGAUGGUAAAUGUGAAUUUUCCCAGUGUAGCAACAGUCCAAGAUGUUCAUAUAAGUGUCCAAGUGAGGGAAGCACGGGACAUGAAAUAGAAAGCUUUCAUAACAAAGGAUACGAAGAGGAUGUACCAAGUGAUAGCACAGCUGUCCUUAGUCCAGAGGAUAUGUCAGCUCAAGGAUCAUCUUCACAGCUUCCUAAACCUUUUGAUCCUGAGCCAGUAGCUAAAUAUGGAACGCUGGAUGUGACUUUUGACUAUGACUCACAGGAACAGAAGCUUUUGGUGACAGUGACAGCUGUCACAGACAUUCCCACAUACAGCAGGACAGGUGGAAGCUCGUGGCAAGUACACCUAGUUCUUCUCCCUAUAAAGAAACAGAGAGCAAAAACCAGCAUCCAGCGGGGACCGUGCCCUGUCUUCACAGAGACAUUCAAAUUUAAUCACGUUGAGUCUGAGAUGAUUGGGAAUUAUGCAGUUCGCUUUAGACUGUACAGCGUACGUCGCAUGAAAAAAGAGAGGAUUGUGGGAGAAAAGAUUUUUUACUUAACAAAAUUGAAUCUUCAAGGGAAGAUGUCAGUGCCAGUGAUACUGGAACCUUCUUACAGUCUGUCUGGUUGUGACUCUCAAAUGAGCAUGUCGGAAGUGUCCUGCAGUGAAAGUACCUCCUCUUGUCAGUCUCUGGUACAUGGCUCAGCUCCAGAAAUCCUCAUUGGCCUCCUUUAUAAUGCUACAACUGGAAGAUUAUCAGCAGAAGUGAUAAAAGGCAGCCACUUCAAAAACUUGGCAGCGAACAGACCACCCAAUACAUAUGUUAAGUUAACACUGCUGAACUCAAUGGGGCAAGAGAUGUCCAAAUGCAAAACGUCAGUCCGUCGAGGACAGCCAAAUCCAGUAUACAAAGAAACCUUCGUUUUCCAAGUGGCACUGUUUCAACUUUCAGAUGUGACGCUUAUACUCUCUGUAUAUAAUAAACGCAGCAUGAAACGAAAAGAGAUGAUAGGGUGGAUUUCCUUAGGCCUCAACAGCUCAGGAGAAGAUGAACUCAGUCACUGGAGUGAAAUGAAAGAAUCUAAAGGACAGCAAGUAUGUAGAUGGCAUACUUUACUAGAAUCGUAAUGGACAGUACAAAGAGCAGUGGUGGUUUUAAGAGAGUUUGGUCUCUCAAGAUGAUGAUCGUCCCUGGUCACAAUCAACAGUUCUGUUGUGGAAGUAAAAAACUAAAAUUGAGGUCAACAUUCCGUCGUAAAGAAUGCACAACAUGCAAAAUGGCAGGACUUAAUAUAUAGUCUUCACUUUGUGUCAGACACUUCCUUGGUGUCAGAGAAGUCUUGCUGUACACAGAUACGUUAGUGGUCCCUCCCCCAUCUGCCUGAUGCUGUAUUUGUUCGUGUUCAUUUUGUGUUUUUCAAUUCAAAAGCAUUUUAUGUAAGGUUCUCCAAAUUGAUGUAAGCUCCUCCUUGUGUACUUUUUGUACUGAUCUAAUACUGUAGCUUCUGACCUGCCUGAGUUCAGAUUAAAGAUCAAUGGUUUGCACUUUGAGAAAAAGUUAAUGAUCUGUAGAGCGAAACAAAACCAAAACAACAACUCACUGGUGGAGAACACUUAGUAAUAUAGCAAAUAUUAAUGUACUGUUGUUUUACGCUGAGUUUCUUUCCAGGAGUCUUAGUAAUAGUAAGUUUUCGGGUUUUUUAUAUGCAGUUGGUUUGAAAAAUACUAGCAUUUGGGCAUCAGGUGAACUUUGACAUCAAACUAAUGUUUCUUCAAUCUGUGACAGGAACGAGCUCUAUAUAUGGCAUAAAGUGGGUUUUUCCCUCUUGCCUGUACUUCUGCCUAAUCCAAAGAGACCAGAUCAUUAGUUUGGUCCCUUCCAAAUCUCCUUAGACAGGUUGUACUGUAAAACUGUGUAACUUUCUGUUGAAAGCACUUCCUGUAUUCAUGUAUUCCAAUGUAGGAAGCUCAUAGAGCACGACUUUACUGAAAUAUAUUUUCGUUAAACAAAUUGAUAUGGAUUUCUUUAAAAUGACGUCAGCUGGAAGUUAGGUUGAAGGACUGUGAAGAAAGUGGCAGCAGUUGAAAUACUCUGGACGUGAAAUUGGUUGGUUGAACUAGAUAUCGAUUUGAGUCUCUUCUGAGCUGUUUGAGGGAUUACCACAUGCUGUUUUGUUAAAAGUAGAGAGCAGACCAGGAGUUUUUACCUUUCUUCUUGGAGAAGAGAACAUCAGUAAGUUAUUUUUCUAGUGAUUUGCCAGCAAUUGAAUGAAUGUUCACACCCAAAAUAGAAGUUUGCUUUGCUUAUGCUCACACUGGGAAACACAGCUUUCUAACAACACAACUGAGAAGCUGCAAUAUUACAAGAAAGUUUGCCUUCAGAUAAACACUCAUGGCUUCCACGGAAGUUAGGAAAAUAUCAGUGCUUCUGAGAUUCCUGUUUGUCCCAAAUACUUUAACUGGAAUUUACAGAAUGAUGAAUCUGAUUCAUAUUACUGAGAUUCUGGAUAUUUUUAAAAAGUUUCCCAAUUCAAAUAUUCUUUUUGCCUGUAAUUAUUAAGUUUCAUUUACUUUUAAUUGUUGCUGUAUGGAAAGUAAGUGGUGUUUUUCUUAUGAAUUAUGGUGAUGUCUUACUAAUAUGAGACCUCACUGACUGUUGUAGCAUUUGGUGUGUUGAAGAGUGAAGUUUUGGAUUUUGUUGAAAGAAUUAGUGGUAGCCUAGAGCAUUUUGAUUAGGACAAAGUAUUUCCUCUUGAAUUUCUUUAUAAUACCUUUGAACAAUCCCGGCGUUAGUGUAUACAGACAGUCAGGUAUAGUGAGAUUAGGGACUGUGAUUAUGCUAUAAUAAAGAUAUUUCAUGUGGUUCUCAAAUUCUGACAGUACUUAACAAUUUCAUUAAGUCCUUUUCAAAGGAUAUUAUAAUUCCACUUCUUGGUUUAUUUGGUGCCUUUUGAGGGGUCUAUUUGCAGAGCUAGGAUUUCAGUUUUCACUAUUUUAAAACAUUAUUACAGGGCUUUUUUUUCUGAUGUUGCGCUGCUGCUUCAUUUACAGAAGUUUUAUUUACUAAAUAUAAAUAAUGCAAAAAAAAUCUUUAAAUAGGAAUGAUCUUGCAGUAAUACAAGUGUCUUUUUCAGUCCUUUUUGUUGCUCAGUUUGUGAAAUGUAAUGUUGAGUGUAGAAUUUAGUAAAAUUCAACCUAAAUUUUAUAUGCAUAAAGAAAAUGCUUAGAUUUUCCCAAUCCUUUCAACUUUCCAUACAAUAGAAACGUGAACUUAGAAGCUGUUUAAAAGCAAUUUUUCAAUGGAUGUAGAAGUAUUUUUUACUCAUUCUGUUUGUGGGUAUUUGGAUGCUCUUUCCUAAAGCUGAAAGUUGUGUCUUGAUGAUUGCCUCUUUGUAUAGGUUUUGCUUUAUAAAUUAAUGUACAGUAUUUAACAAUAAGAACUAAGCAAAUUAAUUCCAGUGGUGAAUAUACUUAACAUCACCACUGAACAAGUGAAGAAGUUAGUUUAGAAGGUGCAGCAAAUAACCUCUUACAGAACCAAAAUAAAACUAAACUGUGUUACAACUUGGGUUUCUGUUUGUAGGUUGCAUUGCUUCAGUUUUACAUCUAACCGCUCAGAUUUAUAAGACACCGAGAUCUUAAUUUAGGCCCAGCAGAGAUUUAGUGUAGUCUCUGUUGGGCACAUCUGGGAAGAGGAAUCUCUUUCUAGAUCAUGUGACUUUUCUCCAGCUAUCCGGGCCCAGUCUGUGCUACAUGGAAGGGCAUUUAGCUUACGUGGUUUUACACUGUACAAAGGCUGGGAACUGAAUGUGUAAAGAAUGGAAAUUAUGUUUAAUUUUGAGACAGUAGAAUAUAAAUUUGCCAUGCAAAACCAGUCACACCAAUAAUUGGAUUUGCCUUGGGAUUUUUAAGAAUUACUUAUAGUAUCAAUAGCUGUCAUGUUGGGUUUUUUCCUAGAUCCCAUUCCUAUGAAUUGUUUGUCAUUUUGUUUUUCUUAUUGCUUUCUGCAAAAUUAUGCUUUCAUAUUUGAAAUCUGCCUUUAGAAACUUUUUUUGAAACCCUGCAUAAGGGCUUAUACAUACAGUGUGAUUUUGUGCAUUCAGUUAGGUCUUAAGCAUGAAACAGAAUUUCUAAAGAACAACGUAUCAGAAACAAAUUAGAGGCAUUUGUGUUUUCCUCGGAGUUGUCUGCUUUCUUUUUCAUAGCUUUUUGUUGUUUACCUUUGUUCAAAAUUACAGAAAGUACUCGGAAGACUUUGUCAAAUUACUUUUCUGUAUGCCAAUAUACCAUGUAGAGAUUAUAGUUCUUGAAUUGAAUCUGUUUCUUGUCAGUGUAGCCUUAAAUAAUUCCAGAACAGUGAUGUUCUUACAGAUUCUAUUCUUGAAAACAUUGCAUCCUUUCUGUAUAUGAUCUAUUUCGUUUAAUGUUAAGAACAUUUCACAUAGGUCUUCUUAAAGUAUUAUAAAUAUCAAAAGGUUGGUUAGUUCCUUUCUGCGAUAAGGGCAAGAUUCUGAAGGGCAGUACAGGCAAGCAUAAAAUCACCGCACAGAAAGAUGAGAAGUUGUACACCAUCUACAGGACAUUGCUGUCUUGCACAAACGGGGAAGCAAGGAGUCAGCUCCUUUUCCCCACUCAGUCAGGUGGCAGAGGGAAGGAUGAGAGUGCUGGUAAGAUUCAAAGCUUGGUCCCUGUGGUGCUCAUACUUAAGACAUCCACACUGUAGCCACACAGAGAGGUCUGACUGCAUGGGCAGAAAUUAGGAAGUUGUAAGUUCUGCUACUGGAGAAAUAUGACAUAAUUUCUAAAUCCAAGUGAAAUUCCCUAACCUCAUUAGUAAAUUGAAUUUCAAAAUAAGGUGAGUCCUUGGAAUAUAUACAUAUACUCUUACAGGAGCUGAACAUUGUUUAUCAACUAAGAAUAUUUGAGCUGAAAAACUAUUUUUAUGGCAUUUACUGUAGGAGAUAUUUUCAUCAGUAAUUUUUUGCAGCCAUUCCUGAUGGCAGAUGCAGUGCCAGCAUGAAUACCUUCCUAUUUUUCAUACCUUUAGAGCAGUUUCUUCUUGUUGUCUAAGAUUUGUGUUUGUGUUACUGAAUUAUUCUCUUUUUUUCUCUAAUAAUUUGCUACUGCAAACUCCCCAGCACCCUGAGAAAUGGUCUGUGGCAGUCAUCAGACCUUAGAAGUCAAGGGCACUCUGCAACUCUUAUAAUAAGGUACUGGUGCAAAAUUUCUGUGACCUGUCCAACACCCCAGGAUUUCUGAAAUACAAACCAUACAUUUUAAUAUAGCAAAGCAGAAGAAGAAAACCUUUUUUUUUCUUUGCAGAAGACGUUUUAAUGUAGGGAUUGAAUACAGAUAACUCUUACGCAUGCAAGUGCUAACAAAAAGACUGUGGUAAAAUCAGAGAAUGAGGUUUGAGGGGAAGCCUUUUGGACUGAGCUGUUCUGACUUGAAACUAACCCCAGAAAGCCCUUUCAUUUAAUUCAGAGUUGUAUUGAGCCCUUUGCUUAUUCAUCACACUUUACUGGAGGGAAAAAAAGCUGUCUUGUUUAAAGCUGUCUUGUUUAAAGUCUGUAAUAUUAAGGCUUGUCACAUGUAAGGCAGACUGACUUCCUCCUGAAGCUGAAUUCUCAGUAACAGAUAAACAUUGAUUUAAUUCUCCCACUGAUGUGCACGCCUGCCUGCCAUUGAUGUUAAUGAGAGGAGCCCACAGGAGAAUCGACUUGACCCCAGAAGUGUGAAGUGUAGUAGGGUCGGUAGGCUAGAGCAGUGAUACAGCAUGGCACCGCACCUGCAACCCAAUGAAAUGUGAUUUCAGUUAUGAAUGGAAGUAAAAAGCAAAUACCCAGAACAGUCACAAACUUGCUAUUUAAUCAUUAUCUCUUCGUUUUGUUUUUUCAUUUCCUCAGCUCCUGAAAUAUUUUUGAAACCUAAUAUUAAAAAUGUUAAAGCAAUCCCCAAACAUCUUUUUAUCUGGAACACUCAGCAAAGUUUAUUGUUAGAACAAGCCAUCAAGAAUGUUCUGUAUUUUGGUCUAUUUAGCUAAACUGCCAGAUUUUUAGUGCAUCACAGCUGGAUUUCAGACUUCUUUGUUCUGAUAGUGGGUUUAGAGGGGAAAGUCAUAGAAGCGUUUUCUUGUCAGUGAAUCAACGCCUGAUGAAGAGAUGUCAUCUGAGAGUGAGAGCAUUAAAAUCAGAGAUGGCUCCAUAUCGUGGACAGUUACUUAUAUUCCACUCUUGGAGCCUUGUGGCUCUUGGAGUGCCAUACUCAGAGAAACUGUGAUGUUCGAAUUGUGGGAGUUUAUACAUUCAAAGCGGCACAGGUCUGUGUCAGCACUCUGUGGUUUCUAACCUAGUGUAUUUUACAAAUGUAAACAGGGUAGAUAGAUAGUGUUUAUUUCCUUAUUGUGAGUAGUUACCAACUGGCUUACAGUGACAUUGAUUAGUUUAGCCUUAAGAACUUAUCACUGCCACUCCUUAAGUUCAAGCAGGGUUUCUUCCUUUCUGCAGACUAUGCAGAAUUCUUUUGCACCCAUUAUAUUAUGCCUACCUGAAUAUGGCACAAUUCUAUUAGUACUAGCAAGCUUAGUUCAUAUAUAACGUGGUGUGACUGAGUUAAUCAGUUGGUCAGAUACCUGAUGGAUUAGGUUUUUCUGUGCAGGCUUCUGCUAGUAUAAUAUAGAGAUAAGAUCCUUAUGCAGAGGAAUGUGCCAGGAGUCAGGGAAGUGGGUAGUAUUGCUCCUGUAGGGAUGAAGCUGUGCCUAGAAAAUGGGCAAGGCUAGCCAAUAGCAAGAAGAAUUCAUUCACUUCCUUGGAAGCAUCUACUAGUAGAACUAGUAUAAAGCCUCCAAAAGCUGCCUGUCUCUGAAGACCCUACUCGGGACAGCAGAAGCAGUAAUACCAUACCAUUGAAGGAAUACCUCAUGGACAUUCAGGGAUGUAAUUAAUGUCAUCUCUUUUCUCUUGUAUCUGAGGACAGGAGUCUUGCCCAUUGUAGCAAGUUACAUUUUUGGGGAUGUUUCGCAAAUCAUGUGGACAUCCGCUGCAUGCCAAGGGUCUAAAGUGAAUUGCUUUAUGACUUAUGAUUCAUUUCCAAAGCAUGAGUUUGGAUGAAUUUAUGGAGUUAACUAGAGGCAUUAUCCUAGCUUUGAGAUGUAAUCUCUAGACCAUAGCACUUGCAAGGAACAGGGCUUAGAACAAGUUUUGAUAGUAGAUUUUGCAAAUGGCUUAUUGUGACAUUUUAAGAAAAUUUCUAAGGAAUUGAAUGUGUUAGAGAAAAAGAAAAAAAAAAAAGGAGACAGAGCAAUGAUCUUUCCUUACUGUACAGCUAGUUUGCUGUCCUUUCCAGUAAACCACAAGGUUCAUUAGUGCUCAGUACUGUUUCGUUUACAAUAACUGUUUUUAAUGUGAUUUUCAUGACAAAGUGUAAUUAGUGAAACCUUUUAUUCAAUUUUUCCCUUUUGAUUUUUUUUAGGAGAUCUUUCUCCUUAUAUAGUAUAUAUACUUUCUUACAGAGCUUUCUUACCUAUUUUUAUAUAAGAUGAUUUAAAAAUGUAAAAUGAAAUGCUCUAUGAGCAAGCUUUAUCACUGUUACACAAUCUAAAGUGCUAAUAUAAUUACUAAGGGCCUGAACCUACUGCCUUUUUACUCACUCAGGUCCUCGUUCAACCACGUCUUUCAUGGUGUGUAGUACCUUUCCCCAUAAGCAAUUCCGUCUAUUUCUCCAGGAUAACUCCAAGAAAGGCACUAAUAACAUGAAUAACAGUGGUAAAACUGAGCCUUCUCUCCAUUUUAGCGGGACAUCUGUCAUGAGUAAAGGCUGCUGGCUCUGUCCCAAAAUUGUAGUUAUAGAUUAUAGUUCCCUGGUUCUUCAGUAAUUUUGAACUUGUAUUCUGGUGACUAUAAGCUAACGAGUGAUCUUAGUGAAUGCAAAUAUUGAAUCGUGCUGUUAUCAGCAAGAUUAUUAAAAUGUGUUUCACAUUUUAAUUCAAUCUUUCAUUGGAAUAUAAGGAAUUGGAUUUGUGAAGCAUUCUGUUGCGUAGAGAUAGCACACAUUCACUGCAUUUUGAAAAAGUAUGAAAUACACAGUAUGUAGCAUUUUCUUGCAUACUUUUAUACUGCCUGUAUGCCACCGACACACUCGGUGCCUUCUCUCUUUUGUAUAAAACUCAUACAUAGAGAAACUAAAGUUCUGGUGUGUAAGCAAUGUCACUGCAACUGAAGAGAUGUCUUAACCUGAUUAUUCCUGGUACAGGAGGUUUCAAAUGGUAGUUCAGAUUAACACAAUGCAUUUAUUUGAGUUUGAUGUUUUCCCUUUUCCUUCCUUGCCCACCUCCUUUCCAAGAAACCUCCCCAUACGACUGUUUAUUCUUAACUUAUUCCUGUGUCUGAUAAAAGUCACAUGGUGUUAACCAAAGAACCAAGUCUGUUUCUAAUUCUUUGGACAAAUAAUGUUUGGACUUGCUAUUACUUAAAGAUAGAAAUGAUAUAAUGGAUCUCUUUGAACAAAUAUAAAAUAGACUUCUGUAAAUGUGACUCACACUGAGAAUUCAAGAUACCUCCUUUCUGACUGGUUGUGUGUUAUUGUAUCAGUAGCAAAGUGUUUGAAUUGUAUUUCUUUGUGCAUUUUAAUUGAAAUCCUGUCACAAGGAAAAAUAUAAGUCAGUCAGUGCUGUCAAAUUAGCUUGUUUUAUCCAUUUUAUAUCUCUAUCUGAAGUGGGCAAUUUUGAGAACAGAUUUGGCUUUUCUGCCUCUGAAGUCCUGAUAUUAUAUAAUAAUUGUCUAGUGUAUACUGGUCUUACAGAAACAGACUCAUGCUGCAUUAUAUGUACAUUUCCUACCAGGAUCCCUUCAUUGUAUAAUUUAUGUAAUAUAACACAGUUUUCAACUACUGUUUCACCUUGAAAUUCCUUAAAUUUCAGUGCAUGUAUAGCCUUAAACAUUUAAGACACCAAGCACAGUUUUAAAGGGAGUAGGUUAUAUUUGAAAUUCUCGUUUGACACAGAAACCAGAGAAUUAUUUUUAUAUAUCAGUUGAAGAUUGUAGAAAAUGGGUAUAUUGCAGUCAUGUUAUCAACCAUGCUCCUAAUUAUAUGCAUUUUCAGAAAAGCAUUUUUGCUGAAGUUUUUAGAAAUGAAGAAUCAGUCUUCAUUUUCUUUCCGGCAUUUGAUUUUUUUUCAUACUUCUAUUCCUAUACGAACCUUGGACCCCCUAACUAAUGUCCAUGACUGAUUUCACCCCUAUUUUCAGAAUUUCUUGAGCUUCUUUUGUUUUCUGCUACAUUUUAAGUUGAACAGUAGUAAUUAAAAUUCUCGGGGGAGUUUUUUGUUUGGUUUUUUAUUUGUUUUGGUUUUUUUUUUUUACAUUUUAACAAUAACAAAAUUAGAGCAAAUGACUGUUUGCAACUCUUUAUGCAACUUAUUAAAGUCUUUGGACUUUGAAACUGUCAUUAUAAUCCAGAUGAAGAAAUAAGUUUCAUGGUAUUGUGGUCCACAGGCAAUUCUGGCGAUGAAUGUGCAGAUCUGCAUAUUGGGUGUCAGAUUGUAAAUCCUCAGAGGGAUUUAUAAUUAAGUGUCACAUUGUAUCUAGAGUAUCUCCAAUUGUGUAUUGUCAGAUACUUUUUGGGUUUUUUUCUUUAUUAUUGCCUAGCAAAAAACUACUUCUAUCAUUUUGUGCUACUGUAUAUUAACCUUGAAGGUUUCCAGUGUGCAAGAUUAGUUUAAUAUUGUCAGUUCUCUUUUUUUCAUAAAAAGCUGGACUUUCAGCAUACACAUCCCAUUACUGUUCUAAUUUUGGGGAGAGGCAGAAUGCCAUCAGCUGGUUUUAGUUAUGUUUACCUGGACAGCACAGGUAACUUUACUACCAUGUUAGUUUGAUUAAAACGUGCAGUAAUAUAUUUUCAAACCAUUGGUCUGUCACAACAUUAAAAUAGUCAUUUUGCGUACCUGAAGCUUUGCAGCUGUGGAUUUGUGGUUUUGUUUGCUCUAUUUGUAUUGAUUACUCUGUGAAAUGUAUUUUUGUCAAUUUGAGGACUGGAAUGGGUAUCCUUUGGUUAUUUCAAAGUAUUUUCUGUACAUGGAAUCAGCUUUUUGCAUGUAAACUUAAUUGCUGGAAAAGUAUUUGAAAAAAAAGGAAAAAUCACUUUUAAAACCAGUUGUUGUCACUUUCUUUUGGAAUUCAUUGGAUCAUGAACAAAUGUAACAGACUUCACUGUUUAGAACAUGGUAACGCUUGGUCAACCAUUUGAACUGCUGUCUGCAUUAAAGAGAAGAAAAACUUCUUGAAUUUUGGCAAGCUAACUAAUCCUAGCCUUAACACACUCUUUGACUCCAUUUCCAAAUUUACAAUAUUUCCCCAAUUCCCUUUCUGUUCCUCACAGUCUUUGUUGAUGUCACAAAUCUUCUACUUAAAGAACUUUAAAUUAACCAGCGUGAUAACGUUCUGACAAAUAUGAUGUGUAUACUGGCAAAUAAAGACACUCAGGUGAUCGUUCUGCUUGACUUUAUACAGUUUUAUUCUGGGGUCAUGUGUUAAUCUCUGCUUCUUUGUCCCACAUAUAUUUCUCAUAGAAGAUCUCAUCUUACAUAUUUAUGCUUAGCUUCCACUUUCUAAAGAAUAAGUAGGCUGAAAUAAUUGACGUUUGAUUUAAACAUGAAAGAACAUUUUCUGUAAGUAACAAUUAUAAUUUUACUGUGACUUAGCUUAGAUUUUCUGUACUACCCUCUAAUGAUUUUUAUGGUACAAUAUUAGAAAAAAGCUUUCUGGGCUGUGCUUUAGGAUGUGCCUGAAUAUAUGUAUGUUUUAAUGCAUAUUAGCAUACAUGAAAAAAAGAAUUGUCACAACAAAUAAAACAUUUUUUCUUAUCCUAAAGAUAGGAAUACUUAGUUAUAAAAAACUUAUACCAUU